UCGGUGCUCGGUGCGGAUCGUGCGUUUCGCCCCGUGUUUAGUCUGUCGAGCCGGAGUUGGAAAGUUCUCGGAGUACGACGCGCGAACGAGGGAAUCGCGUCGAUUUCAGCGCGUUAUCGUCGCGAGGUGCCCGCGCGUGAACGCCGCUGACUCGCGCGGCGCUCGUAAUCGGAGCGUACGCGUCCCGUUGCCCGUCGAAUUGGCGAUCGAAGCACCGGAAACACGGAUUGGAUUAAUCCGGGCGCGCUGAAACGGCGUCGCGUCGAUCGGAAUGUGCGUCGCGUCGCCCGUUCGUGUCGCCGCGAUGUGUCUCGAGUCCGUGAUCGUCACGCGGGGCGCAGCGGCCGUUCGCGAUCGACCGUGCCGCUCUUUCGCGCGAAUAAUUGCGGCGGAAAUGUGGUGAGCGGCGAGUGUCCCGGAGGAGCGGAGCGGCCUGUGCGCGACGAGGAGACGGCGAGCCGACCUGAGGACUUGGAACCUCGCGAGGAUGCGGGACCGGCUCUCGUGGUACAUGGUCUUCUUGAUUCUGCCGACAAUCCUCUUGGCCAGGUCGCUCGAUAAAGAUCGACGCGUGCCCUACAACAUCCCGUCGGAUUGGAAGGCCCUUUGGUUCAGCAAUCUCGACGAGCUGCAGAGAGUGAACGAGGCGAACGACAACAACACCGUCUCUAACGUCACGGUGCAAUUGGGCGGCACCGCCUUUCUGCACUGCAAAGUUCGCAAUUUGGCGGAGAGGACCGUUUCCGAUGCCGAGAUAUCGUGGAUCCGGCGACGUGACUUUCACGUUUUAACAAGCUCCAUGUUCACAUACACGAACGACGAGCGAUUUCAAGUACUGCAUCCCGAGGGCUCGGACGAUUGGACCCUUCAAAUAAAAUACGUCCAAGAAAGAGACAAUGGGACGUACGAGUGUCAGGUCUCGAGAAGUGCAGGGAUACUGUCACACUUCGUCAAUCUAAAUAUAGUGAUACCAGAGGCGUUUAUAUUAGGAAGCGACGAGCAUCACGUCGACGUAGGAUCUAUCAUAAAUCUCGUGUGCAUAAUAGAGAAGAGCCCGACGCCGCCGCAAUACGUGUUCUGGUAUCACAAUAACCGGAUGAUAAACUACGACACCACGCGCGGCAGCGUGACCGUACAAACCGAUCCAGGACCAACUCAGAGCCGGCUGACGAUUCGCCAGGCAGUGGAGACGGACACGGGCAAUUACACGUGCAGCGCCUCCAACACCAAGCCGGCAUCGAUCUUCGUCUUCGUCACCGAAGGUGACAAGAUGGCAGCGAUACAGCGCCGCAAGACGUCGGCAGCGAAGAGGAAUCUAGCGGGCGUGCUGGCACCGGCGCUACUCGUCGUGGCGGGCGUCGUUUUGGCGCGAUAAGCGUUUCACUUCGAAAUGUCCAUAACUAUUACGUCAUUACUUCCGUUUGUGAUAGAUAGGAUAUUACCCUCCCUC